GCCAUGUACACUCGUACACUCCUCUGUUUAUUACCACUGAUAUGUCUCAAUGGAGUUUUAUCGAAAGGAAGAGUUAGAAAAUUCCCUCCAAACUUUUUAUUUGGAGCAUCGACGGCAGCCUAUCAAAUAGAAGGGGGCUGGAAUGAAGAUGGUAAAGGCCAGUCAAUAUGGGACGUGGCGACUCACCAGCGCCCGACACCAAUCAAAGAUGGAUCAACUGGCGAUAUAGCAGCUGACUCCUACCACAUGUACAAACGCGACGUGGCUAUGAUGGCAGAAUUGGGGCUGGACUUCUACAGGUUCUCCAUUUCCUGGCCCAGGAUCCUGCCUAAUGGGUUCGCUGAUAAAGUCAAUCAAGCAGGUGUCGAUUACUACCUAAAUCUAAUCGAGGAGAUGGAAAAGCGAAAUAUCACACCAUUCGCCACGAUGUACCACUGGGAUUUACCGCAGAACUUGCAAAAACUAGGAGGUUGGACGAAUCCUCACAUUAUCGACUGGUUCGCGGAUUACGCGAAGAUUUUAUUCGACAGAAUUGGUCCAAAGGUCAAGCUAUGGAUUACGAUAAACGAGCCGAAACAGAUCUGUUACGAGGGUUAUGGUUCUGAUGCGAAGGCUCCAUUCCUCAAUGCAACCGGAAUUGCAGAAUAUCUUUGUGCUAAGAACGUUCUUCUAGCUCAUGCUAAAGCAUACAGAUUGUACAAUGAACAUUAUAAAAAGAUACAAAAUGGAUCCGUUGGUAUUUCAAUCAGCUGUACUUGGUACGAAGCGGCAUCGGAUAGUAAUGAUGACUUCCAUGCCGCUGAGGAUGCUAGGAUGUUUGAUUGGGGUCAAUUUGCUCAUCCAAUAUUCUCAAAAGCAGGUGAUUUUCCCGAGCAAGUCCGUCGGAAUGUAGCCUCUAAGAGCGCAGAGCAGGGAUUCCCUAGGUCUCGUUUGCCAAAACUGUCUACCAAAGAUGUGGCUACUAUAAAAGGUACUUCGGAUUUCUUCGGCGUGAACACUUACACGACAAAGUUGGCGUAUAGAGAUGCAUCGCUCGACGGAAUGUAUGCUGUCCCUUCGUACAUGGAUGAUAUGAGCGCUGUGCUGGUGAAGGACCCGACGUGGCCUCAAUCGCAGUCGUCUUGGUUACAGGAAGUACCUUGGGGCUUCACAAAGGUGUUGAAGGAAAUAAAGAAGUUGUAUAACAAUCCGCCCGUGUACGUGACGGAGAACGGAUGGUCAUCAGACGGGGGGCUCCUAGAUGAUGAUCGCAUCAGCUAUUUGAGACAUUAUCUGGGAGCAUUACUAGAUGCUUACUCUGAAGGCUGCGACAUACGAGGGUACACGGCAUGGAGUCUUAUGGACAAUUUCGAGUGGAAGAGUGGGUACACGGAGAAAUUUGGCUUGUACGAGGUAGAUUUCUCAUCGCCAGAUCGUACGCGAACGCCAAGAAAAUCCGCCUUUGUUUAUAAAGAGGUGAUCAGAUCCCGGAAGAUGGACCCCAAUUAUGAGCCCAACUACGUGGUGGAAACCGUAGAACAUGGAACCAAAGACGAUGAUGACAACGAUGUGUUUUAAGUUCAGCACUUCAGUCAAUUUAUCAAUAUUGACUUCCACAUUGAAUGUACAGACUGAUACAGUUAGAAUUGAAUGCCAA